ACGCCUUGUAAGGAAAACCUACGCAACUCCUUCCCACAUAUGGCAAUGCUGCAUUCGGAGGUUCACAUACAUACAUGCAACCUUAUCUUUUGUAGUCAUCCAAGAAGAGGAUUCACUAAGACUUUUCUCAGUCAAUCCAAGACCACCUUGUGA